UCCAUCUAUAAAAAUUGUGAUAUUCGCAUUUGGAGAAAUCAGAUUCUUGAUACCUCAUAUAACUCACAAAAAAUAAUGAAUGAGAAGGAAAUCCCCCCGCAAUUCAGGGAAGACAACUUAAGCGAAGAAACCAAGACUUUAAUCUCUUCACUUCCUUCGUAUAAAGAUUCUUUAGGGAAUCUGUACAACUACAGAGAAUGUUGGUACUAUCCAAACACUCUCCAAGGAGUCCUGAAUUUCGAGAGAGGUUUCGAGCCUCAGAAAACAGACAUAAUCCUCGCUUCUUACCCUAAAUCCGGCACCACUUGGCUCAAAGCUCUCACCAUCGCUCUCUUUGAGAGACUGAAGAACCGUUCCUCUGAUGAUCUUCAUCCUCUCCAAUCCCAUAAUCCUCAUGGCAUAGUACCCGUCUUGGAGAUCGGUCUGUAUCUCAAAACCUCAACACCUGACCUGACCAGAUUCUCAACUCCGAGGGUGUUCUCGACUCACAUGCCAUUUCAUACGCUUCAGUUACCCCUCAAGGACACUCCUUGCAAGAUCGUGUACGUGUGCAGGAACGUGAAGGACGUGUUGGUAUCGCUAUGGUAUUUCAAGUGCGUUCAGCUUCAAAAAAAAGUUGACAUGGAGCCUUUGUUUGAGUCAUUAUGCGAGGGAGUUGGCUCUUGUGGACCCAUUUGGGAACAUGUAUUGAGCUAUUGGAGAGGCUGCUUGGAAGAUCCUAAGCAGGUUCUCUUCAUGAGGUACGAGGAAAUGAAGUCAGAGCCAUGUGCUCAGGUUAAGAGACUUGCAGAGUUUUUGGGUUGUCCAUUCACUGAGGAAGAAGAAGAAGAGGGUUCUGUGGACAAGAUCUUGGAACUUUGUUCUCUGCGUAAUCUGAGCGGUUUGGAGAUCAACAAAUCAGGAAAAAAUUUAAACAAUUUGCCUUACUCUGCUUUUUUCCGCAAAGGAGAAGUCGGUGACUUCAAGAAUCAUCUGACUCCUGAGAUGGAAAACAAAAUCGACAUGAUCAUCCAGGAAAAAUACAAAGGCUCCGGUUUGAAAUUCUGAGUGUUGUGUCGAUUUGUACUUUCCUGUAAUGGAUUCUGAGUGAUUUGUGAUUUAUGCUUUCCUUUAAUACAUAUGUACUAUAAAAACAGCAAUUUCAUUACCGAUGUGUGAUUCGUUUUUUUUUUUUUGGUAAUAAAAGUCGAAGAAGUCAUGUCUU